AUGUCUUCUGGUAUGUGCCCGUUUCUGUUCUUUGCUAUUCAUCAUGAACUAUGCGCCUGCGAUAUACUGACCUUGCUCACAGGAGCGGCUGCGGCGGCUGCAGGAGCAGCGGCAGCAACAUCGGCAAACGCCGCUGGUGCAGCUACUACUACACCCACCGAGACACAAGCGGAAACCACAUCCCAAUCGACAACGGAAGCAACUCCUACGUCUGAGGCGACAACAUCGCAAGAAACUUCCGCGGAAUCAACGACAUCCGUAUCCACACCCUCUACAACAUCAACGUCGUCGACCUCUGAAUCAACGUCUUCUCCGACAACAAUAUCCAUACCAUCGACAAGUAGCACUUCCACUUCGUCGACUAGUACCACCGAGGCUCCCUCAACCACUACUUCUACUACUUCCCACACUACCGCGACUCCAGUUGUCACCGAAGUGGUUACUACGACACCAAGCAAUGGAUCGACCGGCGUGGAAACCCUGACGAUAACAUCCACCGACACAACACUCCCAACGGGAACUGCUGGUACUGUAGGAAAUGGCGUGACUGCCACGGGCAGCGGAUCGGCAGCAGCAGCAUCGUCCACGGGUGGAAGUGGAGGUGGCAGCUCAGGGCUUUCGGCGGGCGGCACCAUUGCGGUUGCGGUUGUUGUGCCAGUCGCUUCAGUGGCCAUAAUCAUCCUUGCAGCCUUGUACUUCUGGAGAAAGUGGAAAGCGAAGAAGGCGGCUGAAGAAGAGCGGAGGAAAGAAGUGGAGGAGUACGGGUUCAAUCCGAAUAACGAUCCAUCCCUACCUCCUAUCAUGGGUGGUGGAGCCUUUGAACCCAAGGACGAUAACACUUCUUCAGGCUACCGUGGCUGGGGAACGACAUCUGCUGGUCGCAAGGCAUCCACGAACCUAUCAAGCAGCGCCGGAGUCGGCCUGGCGAUGUCCGAGGCUGGAAGCGCGCCUGGUUAUCACCAUGCAGCGACCCCAAGCGAUGGGACAAUUCAGUACUCCGAAGGGCAAGGUACACUGGGAGAGACUGAACCCAUUGGAGUUUUGGGUGCUGCUCCAGCAGCCGCGGCGAACAGUCGAAAUGUCGAUAUUCACCGUGGUCCAUCGAACGCCUCGUCGGCCUACUCUGCAGCCAAUCAUUCCGAAGCGUCCGAAGAAAGUCACAUGUCUGCCACUCACCCCUCGGGAGGUUUCUACGACGAUAACCCGUACUAUAAUGAUAUGCAACCGCAAUAUGGUGCAUAUGGUGACGGCCCGUAUGGCGGAGCUCCGCCUGUCAUUCGCGAUGUUCAGGCACGACGCAAUACACGCAUUGAGAAUCCUGCCGUGUUCCCUAGACAAGGGAAUGCUGGUAUCGCGCAGAAUUUCUGA